AUGUUGAUGAAGACAGCGUUGGUUGCCCUUAUGGGCAUGACAGCCAUGGUUGAGGCCACCAUCCUUCCAGUAAACGCAGUCCCUAUGGGCUUGAGGUUGGAGGGUCGACAGAACAGGGGCAAGAACAACAAUAACAACAACAACGGCGGCAAGAACAACAACAACAACAACAACGGUGGUGGCAACAACAAUAACAACAACGGUGGUGGCAACAACAACAACAACAACAACAAAUGUCUGCAGAAUAAUGUUCUUAACACGGCAUCCGAAAGCACCGGCCAGCAGGGUACAGUCGAGGCUGGUCAGGUCGAGUCGAAGACUGACAACGCCAACUUCAUCAACUUCUGUGCCAACAAGGUAAUCACCAACGGCGAACAAAACAGGGCCGGCUCUUGCAACCCAAUUGUCAUGGGUGAGAUCCCUGCCGCAACCAAGAUGGUUUCAACUGUCAUCACGAACCCCAAGAACGGCGACAAGAUCCCUGCACAGCAGUCGUUCAACGUUCAGCUUAAGAUUGCCAACAUGAAGCUUGGUUCGUUUACCAACGCUCAAAAAACCUACUACACGGCUCCUCAGCAACUUGAGGGCGGCGUUAUUGUUGGCCACACCCACGUCACCAUCCAGGAUAUGGGUGGCAACCAGAACCCGACCCAGCCCCUCAAUGCUGAGCAGUUUGCCUUCUUCAAGGGUAUCAACGAUGCCGGCGACGGCAAUGGAGGUCUCCAGGCCGCUGUCGAUGGUGGUCUGCCCGCAGGAAACUACCGCCUGUGCUCCAUGGCUGGUGCUUCUAACCACCAGCCGGUUAUGAUGCCUGUUGCCCAGCGUGGUGCCCAAGACGAUUGUGUUCGUUUCGAGGUCGUUAACGGCGGCGGCGGCGGCGGUAACAACAACGGAAACAACAACGGAAACAACGCCCAGGGCAAGAACAACGGCAACAACGGAAACAACAACGCUCAGGGCAAGAACAAUGGUAACCAGAACAGCGCUCAAGGCAAGAACAACGCUCAGGGCAAGAAUGCCAACAAUGGCAAGGGCAAGAACGUUGUUGGAGCCGCAAGCGCGCCGGCUAUUGAGGACUCUGGCGACUCGGCUCGCCCCUUCCGUGUGAACGGCGAGACCUUUGUCAACCGGGCGGCCGCUGUUCAGCGUUCAUGCGCCAUUCAGAACAACGCCUGCUCUGACGCCGUCAACAGCGGCGGCGGCGGCUCCUUGGAGGACUGCCGCCAGCAAGAGCAGGCUUGCAAUGCCAACGCAUAAGCAGCGAUUAGUAUGUUGCCUUUCUCUGUUGUCACAGAAUUUUUCUCUUGGGGGCUCAUUUCCUCGCGGUCUUUGAUAUUUCUUUCCCUCUCACUCGACGAAAACAAUAAACACCCGGGGCGGUCGUUCCGGGGGAUGGCAUAUACCCUCUUUACUCAAUUGCGCAGUCAAGAGUGCCUCCCCCGCCGUUCUUGAAACGAUAGUUCCCGCCGCCGGGAGGGAUGGAAUAUAUCAUGGGCAAUUUUACGUGGGUUCGUCUGGGUCAUUUAUUGCGUUGACGAGGUUGGAUUCGGUUGGUUCUCUUCCCGCGACUCUUUUUUUGUUUCUUUUCCGUGUGGGUUGGCUCAAGAUUCUAUAUAGCGUUGCCGGAAUCCACGAUGAUCGUCUAUAUAUACCUCCCCUUGUUAUUGAUUUCUUUUAUUCUCUCCUAUCUUAUAACGCUGCUAAUGGAAGUUGAAUUAAAUUUUUUUACAUUUUGCGCCUGACUCGAUAAUCCUCGGAAAUACUCAAGCAUAUUGUAUAAAUGUUAAAGGUGUAAGCAUAUUUCUUGAAUAGAGG